UGUCAGCCAUUGUGUCGCGUCCAUAUUGUGCUGGGUGAAGACCCUGUGAAGACUGAAGAGUGUAUUGAGACUAUUGAGAUUGAAUUAUAUGUUAUAUUAGAGACAUCAUUAGUAGUAAUAAAUUACAUUGUGCUUUGUUGUGUCUCCUAAUAAGUGGCUGAACAGAAAGUAAGUUUAUAUUAUUUGUUAAUAAAAUGAAGAGAAAACGAAGUAGUACGUGGUACGUGGUUGAUGGGGUGUGCUUGACUUUGGAUGAAAUUAAAAUUCUUCUAUCACGUGUAGUAGACGAACAAGGAAAAGCUAAUGAAGGGGAUUCCAUUAGUGAAAUAAUUGAUAUAUACCAAAACCUACCAAUAACCUGCCUAGAUGAUUUGGAGAAAAUAGAAACAUAUUUGGAAGAUAAAAAUGCUCGGAACAAAUUUAUUGAUGAUUUACGAAGGCUUGGAGGUUCUAGUUAUAAAGAAUGCUGCCGCCGGUUUAUGAAAAAAAUGCUUAGUGAUGAUGUCGCAAAACUGUACAGUGUACAUGGUCAUAAAGGAAAAAGAGUUUUUGCUAAAACGAUGGUUUUUUCAACUGUUAUAGAGGCAUUAUUAAUUUGUGACAAAACCACAAAUGCAAAAAAUGUAGAAAUUGUAUUAGGACAGUGGUUGGCUAAAGCGACAGAGAGAAUACACAAGAAUGAAAAUGUAGCAGAGAACUGGAGAAAGGAGGGAGGACCAGGAGGAAGUAGCAGACAAAAAGAUGACUGAUGAAAAAUGAUGAUAACUAAUGUACAAUGAUGAUUAAUGAAAAAAAUAAAUAGUUCAACAGCUUA